GUUAAAUAUAAAGUCUGGGAUUUUGACUAGUUUCUGUUCAAGGCAAUCAUCAUUUGGAGAAAACCUUUUUACAUUUUAAUGUUGACUCACCACACAGGCAGCCCCCUGUGAUCACCUAAGGAGCAGAAUGGGGGACAAGGGAACAGAACUCGAGGUCAAUAUGAGGGAUUUGGGCCCAGAACCCCAUGAACAAAAUAAUUCAGGAUUGAAGGAACUCAUCAAAACUCUAAUCAAGAAGGUGACAGAGAUGGAAUCAAAGGUGAGUGAGGUUGGUGAGAAGAUGGACAUAUUGAGGCAGGAGGUGCACAGCUCAUUGCUACGGCGACAGAGCUCGCGACACAGCUCCUCUAUAUCCUCCAGCAGCUCUGCGUUCAUCUACACCGGACGUCGAGGGGAGGACCAGGGCCUGUCACACAGUCCUGAGAGAGGCCGCCCCAUACUUGAUGAGAUGGACACAAUUACUGAGAACGAUGUUGCAAGUUAUUCACAUAGGUCCAACAUCAGACAGAACCACUCUGCACCUAAUCUUAUGUCACCGCAGGAAAAUGUUGACAUAGCACCAUCCUUUCACCCAAACAUUUCUCCAUCCAACAGUGAUAGUCAUUUAGGAAUUGAAGGUCCAGUAAACUAUGGGAAGAAAGAGGGGGAACAGGUAUUAGGAAAAUCAGGUGAUUCUGGUGAUUCACUAAAUGGUUACGCUUCACCUAGUGAAAAGAGACAGAAGAAAGACUCUGUGGCAAGCUUUUCUUCAAGUGGCUUUGACUUUGGUCAAGAUACAUUGACCAGAAACUCUUCAGAAACAGAGGUUAAAGAAAUAGAUGAUGAUGAUGAAGCUUCAACCACUGAAGAUACUGAAAGAAAGGCAGUUACAUUUGGUGGGAAUGUGACAGAUUCUGAGGCAGCAUUUGACCAGGAUCAGAAUGACUUUGAAGUUAGGGAAGAUAACACUAAAGAAAAUCUUGAAGAAAUUGAGCCAGAAGUUAAAAAGCGUCCAAGACAGAAAGGGCCCAAUGGUCUCAAUUUUGACAUAGUUUCUUCUUCUGUUUCAAGAGUAUCACAGGUUCCAUCCAAAGUUGGAGCACCAAGAAAGAUUCCAUAUUCAAGUCUGAAAGGAAAACAAACCAAGUUUGCCUGGGACAACAGGCCUGACUUCCUGAUGAACUCAUUCACAGUCGUUGAAGGAGCUGAAGAAGUUAAACCCAAACCCAAGCAAGAUGAUAAGUCUUUAAACAUGGCACCUCUGCUGCCUCCAAACCAGCAACAUCAGCAGCAGCAAGCAGCCCAAUCACAGAAACAACAGCAGCAGCAACAGCAGCAAACAGUAGCACCAUCACUGAAACAGCAGCAGCAGCAGCAACCAGCAGCACCAAAACAACAAGAACACCAAACACCAACAUUCCCUCAGUCCCCAGAGUUUGCGACCAACAACCAGGUGCUGCCCCCUUCAGGGCUGAAGAAUGAACACGGAGAUGAAGACAACAGGUUCCGUGAGGAGGCCCAUGAGGAGAUGUUACAGUCGGGGCCUCCCUACAGACGAAUGGGUGUGCUCUCGAAUGGGAGUCUCAUCAGGAACGGCCUCGGUCAGCGACACAGGGAUCAAGUCGAGGAUGCCCAUAUUCAGGAACUGAUACAGAGAGAAAAAGACCAUGCCCAUGAAUGCAGUGACGUGAAGUCAUCAGGAGUGGACACAGUGAUCUGUCUUGAUGUCUCUGACAGUAUGCAAGGGGAUAAUUUAGAGAAGGGGAUAACUGCCAUCCGACAGCUACUGGAUGGUUUUGAGAACAAUAGUAUAGAAUAUGACUUGGAGGAGAAUGUUGCCUUGGUAACGUUUGGGAAGAGGAACACCAUUGUCCAACACCUGACCAAUGACUUUGACCGGAUCAGGAAAACACUAGAGUGUCUGGAGGUUGGAGGCCCCUCUCCCUUGUGGCUGGGCCUGGCCUUGGCGCUAACAGAGCUCAAUGAGAGGGGAGGAAUAGUUGAUGUUGGUCAGCUGAAGGUUCGCCCCAGGAUCAUCCUGAUCACAGACGGCUUCGCUACAGAGAAGCACAGGCUGAGUGGGACAGACAGCAGUCGGGUUGAGCCUCAGGCAUUCCAAGAACUCCAGCAGCUGUUGGCCUCAAAGCGUGACGUUGUCCAUGGCAUUGACUGUCUCCUCGUCUCUGACAACUAUGCAAAGGAUGUGCUGGCUACUGUUUCUAACAACAGACUGUUUCCAUUGGAUUGUAUAGAAUACCUCACACAACAUUUCAGAAUCCAGGAGAAGGCUAGUGAGGUGUUCAGGCGGCUACGUGGAGGCUCCCUGACAUUUGCCCAGGUACCGGAGGACCUUGCGAAGUCACAACUCAACCAUCUAGCCCAGAAUGAGGUGUUGCUGAUGUUAAAAUCCCUGGACCUGGGUCAGCAAGGGGGCAGCCUUGACCCAGAUGCAAGCAUCAGUCUCCCAAUAACUGAAAACCAGUCGAGGGAGAGUCCCAGACAGUCCCCAGUUCGGGAGCCAAAUCCCCAGCCAACAGAAGAAGACCACCUGAGCACUCAGAACCAAGGUGCCAGACCAAAACAGAAAUCCCUGGGCAAUCCCUUACCCCAAACACUUAGUGGGGCAAGCCAGGAUCUCAUGGAGUCCAAAUUGCCCUCAGACCCCCUUUCCCUGGGGUCCCUGGAGGGGCCCGAGUCGCUGGAGCCCAUAGUGGAUGAAGUAACAGCACCUGAGUUUGGAGCAACUAUCAAGGCCAACCCAGACUGGGUUGGAUACCAGACCCGACACAGCUUAACAGGGACAGUCAUUAGUAAGAGGAAAAAUGGGAUGGUGAAGGUUGUAUGGAGUGAUGGUACCAUUGAUAAGCUCAGGUACGGGGUAGGAGGGGUGUACGACAUCACCCUGGUGAAGAACCAAGGUGGGGAACAGGCAGUCAUGAGCAUCGGGGCACUCGUGGUCAGAGGUCCAGACUGGCGCUGGGGAGAGCAGGAUGGACGAGAAGGGAACACCGGAGUUGUCCUCAAAAUUGAGAAAAGUGUCCUACAUGUGAUAUGGCAACAUGGUGGCCAGGGAAACUACAGAUAUGGAUACAGCAAAAAAUAUGACGUUAAGCUGCUAGAACCUGGUCCAAAAGCAGGUCCAAGCCCUUCCCCGCCAGUGGAUCCCCGGGUUUUGUGGCAAGUUUGUGACCCUGAGGGCAUCUGGCGGCCAUUUCCCCCAGAGGUAAAUGCAACCACAGAGAAAAUGUUCCAGAAAUCACCAACCAUCGCAUUCCUUGUUAAGAUACAGAACAGACAGUGCAAAGUAUUGUUAGGAGAGAAAAAGCUAUGUGACCUGUUAACUCAGAAAAACUACCCAAUACGCAGAGAAGAGGCACCAGGAAGUGACACAGGUAGCCAAUCAGGGACCAGCGAAAACCAACAGUGAUGAUGCGGAGUGAAUGUUUCAUGUGUGAACAUUGGCUGCUCCUUACAGUGGGUUGUAGAACUCAACUGGAUUAAAAUCCAUGGGCUUUGUCAAUGUGAUACCGGUUACUCAUUUUAUAUCCAUCUACGUUGGAAAUUGAACUAUGAAUGUACUCCUUAUGUAAUGAUAAUUAUUGUUUUAAUCUUUGGAUGCAUGCUAUAAUUUUUUUUUGUUCAAAUGGAUAUUGUCAUAACUGCUUGAUUUUAAGGUAUAUUUUAAAUCAGUGUUUAUAACGAUGAUGAAUUGUUUGAUCAAUAAUCUAAUAAGUAUGUGUUAUGUGAGAUUGCCUUUAUUUUAUUUAAUUAUUUUUUAUCAUUGAUAUUUCAUUAAUUCAUUGUAAAAAAUAUUUACAACUUGUGAGAGCUCUUGUUUAUUCUAUAAUAUUGAAAUGUAGUUAUGAAAGAACAACAAUCAUCCAGUUAUACUUAUAUCUAACUGAAAGCUUUUAUUAUAAGUUUCCCAUGCCAGCCAUAGGCUUUUAUUGAAACCCAAUGUUGUUGGAACUAUUUUUUUCCUUUUACAAUGGAAAGUAUAAUUUUUGAAUUCUACAAAAAGGGCAUCAUACCUAAAAAUAUUUUUUCUAGCCCUUACCAAACAAGCAUUCUAUGUAAUUGGACAAUAUUUAAUUCAACAUCAUAAUUCACAUAUUCAUCAAUAUUUGUAUUAUAUGUUAUGGUAAAUGUUGUACGGUACUCCACUCAAUCAACAAAUGUGAGUACAUUCACAAAUGUACAAUAUUUUAUGUAGCAUAGAAAUUGGUUUAUAUAUGUUGAGUUUUUUUGUUUGUAACCACUAAAUAUAAGAGUGCAUUGUACAUUUAAAUAUGUAUCUGUAUGUAUCUAAUUUUUACACAUUUGUUCACAUUUGCAUACAACAAUAGCCAUUUAUGAUGGCUUGUUGGUAUAUCAUUAUUGUUAAAUAAAUGUUUUGUUAAUAACUUUGAUAACAUUUUUUUGAUAACCAAAAUUUGACAUAUAAACCAAUUUAUACCAAUUAUAUACAGGGGUUCCUUAAAAACUUUAAAACCUAACUGCAACUUCUACAUGUAUGUGUACAUGUGUAGCUACACAAAGGAGUGCAUGUUCAUGGUUUGUUUCACAAUCCCUGUAUUAUUCCGAAUGAUUCUAAGCUAUGCAAUAAUGUAUAAAUAGGCCGCGCAACAACAAUAAUAUAAGUGGACUGUGCUUCCUUAUUAGUUCUUCAGGAAGUUUAUGUUCCCAAUCUUAUCAAGUGUCAUAAGAUCACAACUGAAUACUAAUCAUGUGUCAGAAAUAAAUUGAAAGAUUAAACUUGUUAAUCUAAAUAAGCAUAGAUUAAUAUUUCCAGCCAGGGUAUUUGUUUCAAAGUAUAAAUCACUACAACUCGUAACAAUUUGGGAUCAUCUAUUUUGUAAUGUUUCCAAUGAGUUGUUUGUUUUUUUAGAAAAAAAGUAUUGAUCUACAUGUAUAUUAGAAAUAUAAUAAUGAAAUAUACUCAGUGUUUAAUAGAUGUAAUCAUACAUUUCUUCUUAAAUUAGUUGAAAUGUAGAACUUGAUUGAUACAAUUGAGCAAAGGUUAAAGUUACAAUGAUAUAUACUCCACUUUGGACUAAACAUGGGUUUCAAAGCUCAGGAAUUCGUUCUGAAAUCAGGCAGGAAAGCUUUUAACUUUGAUUAUUUAACAGUUGUUAAGAAUAUUUUUGCAUGGACAUUGGCAUCAAAAACAGUAGGCAGUACCUUGGAAUUAAUAUAAAUGGGUUUGGAAAUAUGGGUUAGAUAAGUGAGUGAUUAAGGGCCAUCAUGGCCCUCUUCUUUUUGUAUCUCAAUCAAACAUGUACAGCAAUUUGAUAUCUAUGAGCUUGGUUCCUUUUGAAAACCAGCUUAAUCUGCUCUUGUGUGAGUGGAUUAUGGCCCUUGAAAUUGUGUUGCUCUAUUUAAGUUUACUCUAAGGGAGACAAUUGUUACAGAUAGUUGUGAAAUAUUGUAGUGCUUGUCUCCCUGUACCCUUUAAACAUACGGUUCACUUUGAAUGUGUGCUGUACUGACACAUAUUAAAAUAGUUCAUCCAACUAAUCUGCUUACUACAUUGUUUUGCCUCACAUGUUGAAUAAGCACCAAGUAUUAUUAUGAAGAAUAUAUAUUUUAGAAAUUAAUUCACCAAGUAUAGAACAUGUGUAAUAUAUCUGACGUCCCAUCAUUGUUUUAUAAUCAUACAUUGCUUCUAAAGUCCGUCAAAAUGCAGAGCAUGAUCGAUAGAAAUAUAUAAACUAAAGAUGUAGGUUACUAUGAUGUAAUCAAUGACUUAGACUAGUUACAGUCAAAACUGUGAUACCAGAACAUAUGCCAUAGUAUUUAUUCGAGUCAAAAUGAUACAAGUCUGCUGUCUUUGUUUUUUUGCCUUUUAAUAAGAGCAAAUGAUUGAUUAAUGUUUGUAUUGAGAACUCUUUAAAGAUGUGCUAAAUAAAUUAUGAACAAGC